AUGGCGACCGCCAACCGGUACCGCAGUGUGCCCACCUCGGAAUAUGAUCUGCCGUCAGGGCCAUCAAUACCGCCGUCGUCUUCGUCCCACCAGCUGCCUCCACCCGAUCAGUUCGCAUUCAGCACCACGCUUCGAAAAGCCAACCCUGAUGAUCCGUAUGCCGGUGGGGCAGCGCUCAACGGUACAUCAUAUCCACCCUUCUCUUCACCACCUCGUGGUGCGGCAGCAGCAGCAGCACACAAGCGAAACGGCUCGGAUGCUUCCUUGCACCCUGCAAGUUCCAUCGAUUUUCAGAAUGCUCUCUCGUCCUCGUCGAUACCUUCCUCCUUCCUGCGCUCGGCCAACGUCUCGGCAUCAGCGCUGUACACCCAUCUCUCGGUGCAACAGUGUCUCGAGAGCCUGCAUUGUCCUUCGCUCGACACGGGCCUCUCGCCGCUCUUGGUUCAUGAAGCCAGAAGGGAGGCAGGAGGCUACAACGAGUUCGCCGUCCGCGCAGGCGAUGAUCCGUGGAAAAAGUUUCUCGCGCAAUUCCAGGAGCCCCUCAUCCUACUCCUUCUCGGUAGUGCGGCCGUCAGCUUGCUCAUCGGUCAGAUCGAUGACGCUGUCAGCAUCACCAUCGCCAUCGUCAUUGUUAUCAGCGUUGCCUUCUACCAGGAGCAGAAGUCCGAAAAGUCGCUCGAGGCGCUUAACAAGCUCGUACCGCACUACUGCCACUUGGUGCGCGACGGCGUCACCUCGAGCUUGCUCGCCAACGAGCUAGUGCCUGGCGAUGUCGUCACUUUCAGCACAGGAGACAGGAUACCGGCCGAUGUCAGAAUCUGCGAGUGCGUCUCGCUAGAGAUCGACGAGAGUACGCUGACGGGAGAAAUUAAACCUAGGAGAAAGCAUGCCGACAUCGUACUGCGUCCAGGCGCAGCAGGUCGUGUCGCGAAUGACGCAGCAAACGGCAGCUCCAAUGGCCAUUCGAUCGACGGGCCGGAAAGCGACGUGCCAGAUACAACCUCGAUCAACGAGCGAGAGAACAUCGCCUUCAUGGGAACACUCGUCAAAUCCGGCCACGGCAAAGGCAUUGUCGUCGGCACGGGCGCCACCACCGAGUUUGGCAUGAUCUUCAGCAUGGUCGACGAGGUGGUCGAAAAGCGCACACCGCUCCAACUCAGCAUGGACGAGCUCGCAAAGAAGCUCAGCAUGAUCAGUUUCGCCGUCAUUGCCGUUAUCUGUCUCAUGGGUGUUUGGCAACGACGUCCCUGGCUCGAGAUGUUUACCAUCGGCGUCUCGUUGGCCGUGGCCGCGAUUCCGGAAGGUCUGCCUAUCGUCGUCACCGUCACGCUCGCGCUCGGUGUGCUGCGCAUGUCGCACCGCAAGGCGAUCGUCAAGAAGCUGCCCUCGGUCGAAACGCUCGGCUCGGUCUCGGUGGUGUGUUCGGAUAAGACGGGCACGCUGACCACCAACGAGAUGACCGUGACAAAGUGCUGGACGGCCGAGGAUGAUAUCAUUGACGUUGCUCAGCACAUGUCGCAUAAGCAUACCCAGGCGUUGUCAAGGGUGCUGCUCACAGGCAAUGUGUGUAACAACUCGCACAGGAACGAGCUCGGCACCAACGUGGGGCAGGCGACCGAUGUGGCGCUGGUCAACAUCUUGAGGGUAUUUGGAUUGGAGGAUCAGAGGCCGUACUUCAAGAAGAGUGCCGAAGUGGCGUUUGAUUCGGAGACCAAGUUUAUGGCGGUGACCGGUGUGCUCAGCACAGCGGGUGCGGGCGCGGGCGAGACGGUCUAUGUCAAGGGCGCUUUUGAGGUGGUACUGUCCAAGUGCAGUAGCGUGUUGGGCGCGGAAGGGUCACCUAUCCGUCUCGAUGAGGGCUGGAGGAAGAAGAUCACACAAGCAGCAGACAGGCUGUCUAGCGAAGGCCUGCGAGUGGUCGGUUUCGCGUCAGGUGCAAAUGGUAGUCUGGACCAGCGCACCUUGACGUUCUCGGGGCUGCAAGCGAUGCAGGAUCCCCCCAGGCCGGGCGUCAAGGAGGCCAUUGCGUCGCUCGCGCGUGGUGGCGUGCAAGUCAUCAUGAUCACCGGCGAUAGCGAGGUCACGGCCGUGGCUAUAGCGAGGCAGCUAGGAAUCCUCUCGGGGCCCGCCUCUGCUUCGACGGCGCCGAGCGUGCUCACGGGACGACAGAUGGAUGCACUCACUGAACGACAGUUGCAGGAACGCAUUCCUUCGAUCUCGGUAUUUGCACGCACGACGCCUCGGCACAAGAUGUCGAUCAUCUCGGCGUUUCAAGCGGCGGGUGCGGUGGUGGCCAUGACGGGCGACGGCGUCAACGAUGCACCGGCACUCAAGAUGGCUGAUAUCGGCAUUAGCAUGGGCAAGGGUGGUACGGAUGUGGCCAAGGAAGCGGCGGAUGUAAUUUUGGUGGAUGACAACUUUGCGACCAUUCUGGCGGCGGUGGAAGAAGGCAAGGGUAUCUUUUACAACAUUCAAAACUUCCUUAGCUUCCAGCUAUCGACGGCUGUUGCAGCGCUGACGCUCAUCACGCUGAGUACGGCAUUCCGACUCAAGCUGCCGCUCAACGCGAUGCAGAUCCUGUUCAUCAACAUCCUCAUGGACGGCCCGCCGAGCCAGAGUCUCGGCGUCGACCCGGUGGACCGGAAGAGCGUCAUGUCUCGCCCGCCGCGUGCCAAGAAUGCGCCGGUGCUCGACAGACGCCUUUUCCAUCGCAUCGCGUUCAGCGCGACCAUGGUGGUGCUCGGCACGCUGUACGUCUAUGUGCACGAGCUUGUGCCAGUCGACAUUGAGGGUGGCGCAGAGAAGGUGGCAGACCAGAGGGACUCGACCAUGACGUUUACGUGCUUUGUGUUCUUGGACCUCGUCUCGGCCGUGCAGAACCGCGGGCUGUACACGCCGAUCGCGGCCAACAGGAUGCUCGGGCUGACGGUGGGCAUCUCGCUGCUGGCUCAGAUGGGCAUGGUGUACUUCCCGCCGUUGCAGGGGGUGUUUCAGACGACGGGUCUGGCGUUGGCGGACCUGGGAUUUUUGGCGGUGAUUGCCGGGGUGAGUUUUGGGUUUCAUGAGGUGAGGCGGACGUGGGAGAGGCGGGUAGCGGACGAGGAGGUGAAGGAGUUAAUGGCUGCUGCGUCUGAUGCGUGGGCGUAG